AUGGCCUUAACCACAGUGGAAAUCAAGCCUAAGCCAUCCAACGACGACAGGAUGCCAUUCGAAGACCCUCUGUCGACAAUCGCUCCAUGCGACCCAUGGCCUCGACCCUACUACCACGAAAACGGCCUACGACGGGUUGCGCCCUAUGACUUUACUUACAACACAUUUUGCAAACAACGAUGGCGCGGCCGGGAACUCCUCGACAUCUUUGGAUCCGAGUUUCGCGACCGCACCCGCGAGUACUACAAGGACGCGAUUGAGGCAGGGAAAAUAGCGGUCAAUGGGGAACCAUGUAAAGAUAUCCAUACUGUUGUCAAGAACGGGGAUCUCAUCUCACACACCCUGCACAGACACGAGCCUCCGGUCACUGCACAACCGAUUCGAGUCAUCCAUGAAACGGACGAAAUGAUUGUGAUCGACAAGCCUGCUGGCGUACCUGUUCAUCCUGCCGGCCGGUACAACUACAACUCUGUGGUCGAGAUCAUGAAAGCAGAACGGGACCAUGCUUUCAAACCUUUGCCUUGCAACCGGCUGGACCGUCUAACCAGUGGAGUCAUGUUCAUCGGCAAAACGCCCCGAGAGGCGGAAACGAUCAGUGAGAAGCUACGUGGACGGACGGUGCGCAAGGAAUACGUCGCAAGAGUCAAGGGAAGAUUUCCAGAUGGGGAGGGCUGGGAUGGCGACCCGAUGCGAGGCGGCGUGGUCAAGUGCGAAGAAAGCAUUCUCCAGAUCAGCCCGAUCCUUGGUCUCAACCGAGCAAGAGCGAGUGGGAAGUCUGCAAAGACACUGUUCCGACGGUUGGCAUAUUAUCCACACAAGUCAUCCAAGUCGGCCGAGACCACCGGUGAACAGGGCUCGACGGGCACAUCCUCUGGCGAGCAAGUGGCCCAGCCUGCGCCUCCCAUUUCUGGGGCCGAAGAUGAAGGCUACAGUAUUGUCCAUUGCCUGCCUUUGACGGGCCGUACCCAUCAAAUCCGCGUGCACCUGCAGUUCCUUGGACAUCCCAUCACCAACGACCCCAUCUACAGCAAUAGAGCCGUCUUUGGGCCGAGCUUGGCACGGAAUGAAUCUACGGGCGAGAACGACGAGGAAAUCAUUGCGAAACUGCAAAGGGUAGGCAAAACUGAGGUAUCAGAUUCCCUUUCGUACGAGCAAGAACGGUUGGCGAAGCUCGUGGAUCAAACCCAACAGAUGACCGUUUCGGACGCGGCCAAACUUGAUGCACAUACUUCCGAUGUCUCGCAGGCGGACCCGCACUUCAAACCUUUGGAUUCAGGAACUCUUCACGCCGGAACCCUGGCAAGCCCAGGGGAGGACCCGAUGCACGACGAUGCGCAGUACGGCGCGUUCGUGAAGGCACAUGACGAAAUGGUGGCCGACUACAAUAAGCGGAAAGGGGAGAAAAUGACUGGAGAGAAAUGUCCCGUGUGCGACACGCCAUUAUAUUCAGAUCCGGGGCCGCACGAGCUGGGCAUUUACCUCCAUGCAAUAUCCUAUGCAGAUGUAGGGGGGAGCUGGAGCUAUCGCAGUCCAGUACCUCAAUGGGCCUUUCCACCUGCCGGAAUGGAGGGCCCGAGGGAUAUUGGAAGCUGGGAGUAUCAUGGGGAGGAAGUGCUGGACAUUGGCGAUGAGAAAGAAAACGAGAAGUUGAAGAAUCGUCUAGGGGAGAAGAAGAACAAGGAAGACAGUUGA